CCCGCACCCCCAAGCUCAGCCCCUGGCGGAGGUGACGUGCGCGGCCCCGCGUAGCCGAAGUGGUGGAGCCGGAAGUCGGGACGUGGCCGGCGCUGUGAGGGCAGUAGGAUGGCGGUGGUGAGCGGCGCAGAGCGGCUGGAGGUGUCUAUAGACGGGUUAACCCUGAGCCCGGACUCCGAGGAACUGGGCCGCCCCGGCCUGGGGGAUGUCCCACUCGGGGAGGAGGGGGAAGGCUUGAGCCUGGAGCUGCGGGCACAGACAGAGGCGGCGGCCCUUAGUAUGGAGCAGCGCUGGGGCUUCAGCCUGGGGGAGCUCUAUGGCCUCGCCCUCAGGUUCUUUAAAGAGAAGGACGGCAAGGCUUUCCACCCGACCUAUGAAGAGAAGCUGAGGCUGGUGGCCCUACACAAGCAGGUGCUCCUGGGCCCCUAUAACCCUGACACCUGCCCCGAAGUUGGGUUCUUUGAUGUUCUGGGCAACGACCGAAGGAAAGAAUGGGCCGCCUUGGGCAACAUGGACAGACAGGAAGCCAUGACAGAGUUCGUAUCGCUGCUCAAUAGAUGCUGUCACCUAUUCUCCACUUACGUCACGUCCCACAAGAUCGAGCGGGAGGAGCAGGAGAGGAGGAGGAGGGAGGAGGAGGAGCGUCGGAGGAAAGAGGAGGAGGAGCGAGAGCGCUUACAGAGAGAAGAGGAAAGGCGAAGGAAAGAAGAGGAGGAGAGGCAGAGGCGCGAGGAAGAGGAGAGGUUGCGGGCCGAAGACGAGCGGUUCCGUAUGGAGCAGCAGAAGCAGCAGAUUAUGGCAGCGCUGAACUCCCAGACAGCAGUGCAGUUCCAACAGUACGCGGCCCAGCAGUACCCCGGCAACUUUGAGCAGCAGCAGAUCCUUAUCCGGCAGCUCCAGGAGCAGCAUUACCAGCAGUACAUGCAACAGCUCUACCAAGUGCAACUGGCCCAGCAGCAGGCGGCUAUACAGAAGCAACAGGAGGCAGCAGUAGCCCGAUCCUGCUCUCCGCUCACCUCCCCCUCAAAGAUGCACUCAGUAGGCGCCGCAUCCCCCGGUGAGACCCCUUCAGUCAACGGCCAGAGUCACUCUCACUUAGACAGCAAUGAACCAGAAAUGGAGUCUGACCCACUGGAAGAUCUUCUGGAGAAUGGACCCAAAGCAGAGUCCGCCCCAGUGAUAGCCGCACCCUCCAUGUGGACACGCCCCCAGAUAAAAGACUUCAAAGAGAAGAUCCGGCAGGACGCCGACUCCGUGAUCACCGUGGGGCGCGGCGAGGUAGUGACGGUGCGAGUCCCCACCCACGAGGAAGGCUCCUACCUCUUCUGGGAGUUUGCAACGGAUAAUUAUGACAUUGGUUUCGGGGUUUAUUUUGAAUGGACGGACUCCCCUAAUACGGCCGUCAGUGUGCAUGUCAGCGAGUCCAGUGAGGAUGAGGAGGAAGAUGAGGGUAACGAAAACCCAAACAGCGAAGAGAAAGCCAAAAAGAACGCCAACAAGCCGCAGCUGGACGAGAUCGUGCCGGUGUACAGAAGGGAUUGCCACGAGGAGGUGUACGCAGGCAGCCACCAGUACCCGGGCCGGGGGGUUUACCUGCUCAAGUUCGACAACUCCUACUCCCUGUGGAGGUCCAAGUCCGUGUACUACAGAGUGUACUACACUAGAUAAGGGGCGGGGGGGCUGGGAGCUCAGCAGGGGGCGCUGUGCUGCGGAUCACAACUUUUUGCUGGACCUUUUUAAUCAGUGUUGUCUCUUCCUCCUGGCAGCCCCCCUGCUGUGUGCCGGCAACACCAAGCCUGCCUGCCUGCCGCAGUUUAACCCUAUCUGUGCCAGGGGAUUGUAGGACAAAGGAGUAACUGGUGUUCAGGCCAUACACGUGGCUUUCUGUAUGGUAGGAUUGUCCUGUAUUACUCACCAUGUUAUUUAGCAAAUUUGUGUUACACCUCCCCCAGUGCGUAGGGUCCGGGCUCAACUACAACUGCCCAUGGGCAAAAUGGUAUCGGCCGAGCGGGGAUUCUGGUUCUUAAAGGGCCCCUGCCUGUCCCACCAGUGCAGGCUUUAGGCUUACAGCAGUAAAGGGCAUUAGACACUGGGAACACCAGUCCCACACAUACCUUUCCCAUACUGGUGCCAACCAGAUUACAGAGUUCAAAGCUGCUGGAUUCCUAUUGGCGGCUGAAUGCCCCUGGCACGAGAAGGUCUGUAUGGCAGUGUGUGUGCAGGAAAAGUAGGCUUGUUGCUUGUAGGCAGAUACCAUGCAGCAGUGGGGGGGUGUACAGCUGUGCCGUGGCUAUGCAGCGACUGCUCAACUACACCUCCCUGCUUUACAGCUGGGGCAGUGCCACUAUUGCCCAGGAAAAGUCUCUGCUUUCCAACCAGCCCCGACCGUCACAUUUUCUUUCUUUACAUGAUUGUGUUGGAUGUAGAAGUCUCAUCAGAAUCCGGGAUUUGCUAUUGGACUUUCACUCAGACUUCCAAUCACAUCUCAGCUGCGGCCUGACCUCCAUCACCCACGUUACUGAGUGUCCCUUUAUAGGGGAAUCCAUAUAGGCACCGCCAGCCAUUGGCCCACUCUCCCCCCCCCCUCUGCUGGGCAGGAUGGUACUGGCUACAAAUAGGUGGCAAUAUGGCGGCACAAUGGGCUGCAGGGUCAGAGUUACUGAGUGGCACUGGGGUUGUACAGAGAGUAAGAGAAAUAUUUCUGUCGUGCCAGAAAGGAGAUUGGGAAAGAUUUGGGGGGUUUUGGUGUUGUGUUUCAAGUAGGGGAGAGAGGGGUAUUUCCCUCAGACUACCUUUUCCCUGAGCAAAACGAGUUACGUUAUGAGGGAGGGGGGGUUAUACUCUGCUGGGGCAGAAGCAGCUGCCCGGGGAGUGUAUUUUCAUUUUGUGUCAAUGUAGGUCACCCACCUUGAAAUCCGUCCAGGGGUACCCGGCCCCCUAUGGAACAGUGAUCCCCUAGGGCCGAGUGUUUGGGGCUUAUGGCGCUCAAUGUUCAGAAAGGUACAGGGUAAAUACACCAGUAUGACCAGUAGGUGGCAGUAGGUAGUGCUUCUAGGGACCCCCUGGUUUCCCUGCGAGUCUUCCUGUGAGUGUGUGUUGUCUGUUUGGGCCAUAGCCAGAUAUGGUGAUGUUCAUUCAAGUGCUGAGUAUUUGUGCAGCCGGAGGGCAGGAAUAGCAUCGAGAUCUUUCUUUGCAGCAUCAGAGCUCGUCGGGUUCAUUCCUUGGAGGUAACUGCUCAAAGGUAAUAAGUCAGUGAUAAGGUGCUGAUUGGGCUGCUUUAAAUGAGGACUGGAGCCUUCGCAGCGUUGCCAUGAUCCGAGGAUGUUCAACAGUCAGCGGUCUCUGCUGAAAGCUUCCACUUCAUGCUCCACCUAGUGGCGGAAUUUAGUACUAAAUAUAAAUCUUGGUUGGGUUCUAAUGAUAGGAAGGAGGUGUGAGUGUGGCACAAUCCUGUAGGAAGCGAUAUGAGGUGGGGGUUGAAUAAUUUGUAAUAAACACACAGAUUCACCAUUGCAUUUUGCCCGGGGUAAAUAAACAAAGGUAUCUGAUUGGCUGAUUUAUGUUGCACUGAUAUGUGGGGAAUUUUUUUUUGUUUCUCCGUGUGAUUUCCCCUUUAAUCCCAGUUUAGGCUGCAGCGUCGGUUACUCCUUUCCAUGACGGGCCGGGGGUGCGGGCCUUGUGGGUAUCGUACGGACUGACCCGACCGCUGUGUGUCCCUUUAUGUUGUUACACUAUAAAUAUAUAUAUAUAUGUGCCCCUGCUGAUUGCGGAGCGCGCCACUCACGCCGCGGGGGGGUAGAAAAGUAGCAGUUUGUGAAAGGUUUUUCAUAUCUCAAUCUGCUCGAUGCAUGGAUUUGUACAUAAAUAUAUUAAUGUAAUCUUUAUUUUGUCUUCUGCUGGGGAAGGAAAUGGUUCAGCCGAGGCCGACCAAUCGGCAGCUCCGGUCAGACGCCAUUUUGUAUAAAGGCAUUGGGAGUGGGCGGAGCUACACGGAAUAAUGUAAAUACGUCACAGACACAAAGGAGAAAGCACUUUUACAGGCAGUCGCCCCUUCUGCUCGUCGUUCCUUAUUGGUUCCCUGUCCCGUUGCCUUCAAGCUGUCGCAGCACAAGUGCAAUUGAAUCCAAUCUCGGAAUAAUAUAUUUAAGGGGAAGGAAAUCUCCGAUUCUUGGGCUGUUUUCUCUCUUUUUUUUCUGUUUGUUUGGAUACGUGUCGUGGUGUCUCCGAGCAGCGGGCGCGUCCCACGCUGGACUUUGUUCCCUUCUCACAGCAAUGACCUUGGUCCUGAUUAAAACAAAUUUCUCUCCUUUUAAAAAAA